UCAGUGCGAAAAUCCUAAAAAAAAAAUAAAUAAACCAAAGCCCUAAAACCGAACUCUCAUCGUUUUUAUUCUUCUUCCUUGUUUUCUUCUCAGGUAACAGCGUCUUCUCAGGCGACGGGGUUGAGGUCUUCUCUUCACUGGUGCUCGGAUCCAAAAGCCCUUAAAACGAAAAUCAAUUUCAGUUUAAAUUCGUAAUUUUCACUUUCUCCACCGUUCGCCGCCCUUCCUUCUCACCUCCGAAUACCAUCUCCGUUGACUCGCGCACCUCCUUCCCAGCUGCCCAGUCCACUCUUAACUCCGGAUCUCCCUCUCCUCUUGUGUUCGUUGCCAUAUAAGCUGUGUUUUCAAUUGAGAAGUGGUGUUAUCUAGCUGUUAAUGAAUCAGUGAAAAAAGGAGCGAAAAUGGUGGUAGUUCGAUCUCAAAAAUGGGGCUAUGUUCGAAUCAUUGCGGGCACUAUUUUUGGUGGCAUUCUUGGCUUCUAUGUCAUGGACCGGCUAGAGAAGAACUACAAGGAGAAGAUGAAUGAGAGACUAAGAAAGUACGAGCAAGAAAUGAAGAAGAAAGAGGAGAAGAUGGAAGAGUCUCUGUAAUUGUUUCUGGUAGUUGCUGAGCAAUUGUCAGAAGAAAGACAACUCAAUAUUGAAUUUUGUUUGUCUUUCAUUUAUAGACUAUUGUUGAAGAAAUGCCUAAUAAUCAAGUUUUCAAAAUCUCCACAAAUUCAGCACUGUCGAAUCGAUGGUUCAUUAUCGGGUAAAAGGGGCUCAUUUGGUUUGUUUCUAUGCUACAAGCUCGUCGUUUUAGAACCAUUUGAGUUAAGAAUUCUGAAGUCAAACUUAUAACAUGUAAAGUUAUCAAAACGUCUGAAUUUGAUGCCAGAAACUUGGUCUCUAUUUUUGGGGAAAUUUUCUCAUGAAUUCCUCCAGAACUGCUGUGUUCGCCACUUUUGGCCUGAUUCUGUUAGGAAUUAUGAUGCUGCUUUGUUAA